AUGGAUCCUCAACGGCCAAUACCCGAACGGUACAAAGCCGGAGUGGUUUCCAACAAUGGCCCUGACUACCAACUGACAGUUGUAGAUGUCCCUGUGCCACGACCAGGUAAUGUCAUUCAUUAUAUGUUGGAAGAUCUCCCCCUCCGGCGAAUGCGCGAUUACGGCGUUCGAUCUCCAGGUCACGAGGGUGCAGGCAUCGUAGUCGCUCUUGGUAGUGCCGUGACUGGGUGGAAGGUGGGGGAUCGAGCUGGAAUUGCCCCCACUUGGGAUACUUGUAUGAGCUGCGAGUUGUGCUCUUCUGAUCUGGAAUGUCAUUGUGCGCGUGCUAUGCCGACUGGAUUGAUGGUUUCUGGCACAUACCAACAAUAUAUCGUGAGCCCAGCACGAUACACAACCCGCAUUCCGCAUGGCGUUGACGAUUUCUCCGCCGGGCCCAUCAUGUGCAGCGGAUCAACCAUGUUCAGAGCACUCCGAGAGUCGAAUCUAUGUGCCGGCCAAUGGGCAGUGAUAAUGGGAGCCGGCGGCAGGGUAGGACAUAUGGGGGUGCAAAUAGCGAAGGCAAUGGGUCUGAGGGUCAUUGGCAUCGACGCUGGUGAAGAUAAAGAAGCGUUUUGUCUAAAGUUCGGCUACGAAGCCUUUAUUGACCACCAGAAAUCUACCAAUCUGAGCCAGGAUGUACGCAAUAUAACCGAUGGAAAAGGUACACACGGUGUGCUCGUGACCGCAUCGUCUGCUGCUGCAUACCGUGUGGCGCCUCGUAUGCUUCGUGUGGGCGGAGUGGUCGUUUGUGUUGGUAUGCCUGCAUCUGGCACGGCAUUUGCAGGGGACGAUCCUAUGUAUCUGAUCCUGAAUAACUUGAAAGUCGUGGGCUCUCUGACGGGAUCGCGUCAGGAUACGGCUGGAGCUUUGUCGCUGGCUGCGCGGGGAUUGCUUAAGCCGACGUACGAGUCGUUUAGUAUACGGGAAUUGCCGAAUGCAGUGAGCCAACUAAGGCAAGGGAAGGUUAGAGGGCGCUGUGUGGUGGAUUUUAAUGUCUGA